AUGGCCCUGAGUCCAAGGGCUAGUCUGGUCCUCCAGGAAGACUCCAAGAUGACAACAAGUCUCAGUUCCACUGGGGCCCCAGGUUUAGGCUCUGGCACCAUCUCUGGGCCCAGCCCAGACACGGACCUUGUUCCUGUCUCGAAUCCAUCCCUGAGUCCUGGCUUGGCUCUUGUCCCAGACCUUAAUCUGGGUGUUGUCUCAGAGGAGGAGCCUGGCCUGGUGUCCAGUAACACCCCAAGAACUGAGGACAGCAAGGCCGUGGCUCCAGCCUCCCUCCAGAUCACUGCUGCCCACUCUGGUGAAGUCCUGGGCCCAGAUUCCAAUCAUAUCUCGAAGCCUAACUCACAGGAGUCCCUGUGUCCAGCCUCAAACCUCGUUCUGAGCCCUGGCUCUAUGGAGGCCCAGGAUCUGAGCUCAAGGAACCACUCUGGGCCAGAUUCUGAGGAUGCCUUCAAUUCCUUCUCAAACAAGAUUUUUGAUUUGGGUCAGAGUAACUCCAAUCCUUCCAGGCCUGAAUCAAACCCAUUUAGAAGGCCUUAUUCAAGAGAAACCCUCAUUCUAGGCCACAGCAUCUCCAGGCCAGGCUCAAAAGCCCUCCUUAUUCCAGCCUCAAAUGCCUUCCCGGAUCCUGACUCCAAUCAGCUGCUCAGUGUGGGCUCAAGAAACAACUCCAAAGUGGACCUGAAUGCGGCUCCAAGUUCUCGUGGUUCCCUAAUCUCUGACAUGAACGAGACCAUCACUUUGGUUUCACAUAACAUCUCUGGAUCUGUUUCAAAAAGAGCCUUUGGUGCAGCCUGGAACACAAGUUCCAAGGGAGCCAUCAACGUGGCUUCAAAUGGCAAUCCCAGGUCCAAUUUGAACAUGACCAUCACUCAGGCUUCAUGCUUGAGCCUGGUUCCCAGUUCCAGUGAUGCUGUCAGCCUGCACUCCAGCACUCACAGACCCAAUUCCACCCUUUCUCCACCCUCAUGCAUGACACUGAUCCUGGGCUCCAAUGAGACUGUGAGCCUGGACUCCAGCCUCAUCUUCAGCGACACAUCCACCCUGACACUGAGCAGCCAGCAUGAGUGUGCUGAGGACAGCAUCCACACCGUGACCCUGGAGGAGAAUCUGGGGAGUUGGAGUGAGCUGGCCAGUGUCGAGGUGGGCCAGUUCCCACUGGAAUCCCCGACCUGCGACACUGCAAACAAGGACUCCACGGCCUUCCAAAGCAUCCCUCAGGGAACCUUCGAGGAAGUGGCCUCGUGCCUGGUGAAGGUGCCAGGGCAGAGCGAGGAUGGCAACAAAAUGGAUCUGGUCGAGAAUGUCCUCAGCCUCCAGAAGCACCCGGAUGUGCUGAACAUGGAAGAAGAGAAGAAGACCAUGAUGAAGAAGAUGAUGAAGCAGAUCCAGGAGGAACCGUUGGAUUCCCUCUCAAGUUCCAUCCGCCAGCAAGCCAUGGAGACCCUGACCCAGCUGAGUCGUUCUCUGCCUGUCCUGGGCAUGCGGGAACGAUUCGAGCUGGUGAACACGUGCAUGAAGAGUGUCUUCUCCCUGCCCUCUGUGCAGGCCAUGCAGGAGAAAGACAAGGCCAAGGCUGAGGCCAUCCAGAUACUUUACCGUCAGACCUUGGAUGCCCUGCAGACACUGCUCAACACCCUCUUUGUUGAGGAUCCCACUCCUGCUGGGCUGAAGAGCAUCUUGGAGCCACUGGGGCCCUGGAUGAACUCUGGGAAGGCCCACGAGAGAGCACGGGCUGUGAAAAGCUGCGUCUCUGUGUUGAACCACGUGCUUCUGACCCUGCCUUUCUUUAUGUCCUCGGGGUUCCUGGCACUGGGGCUUCUGCUGGGGAGGCUCAUCCUUCGCAUCGGGGAUCCUGACGAGGAGAUUGGCCGCGAGGCUCUAGACGGCAUCACCAUCCUCUACACCAUCUUGGAGCUUCAAAAACGAGCCAGAGAUAAGGAAGAGACCAAUAAGAAGGAGCUGUAUGAGAGCAACAAGCGUUUCCUGGGGCCCUACAACCCUGUCAGCCCAUGCCAGAACAUUCUGCGUGUGAUUGCGGAAUUUGGAGACUUCCUGGGGCCCCAGCAGGUAAAAGACCUGUUGCUAGCAGCCCUAGAAGGGCUGAAAGGUGGCUCAGAGGCUCUGGGGAAGGAGUCGGGGGAGAUGAUGCAGCUAGCCUCGGAGGUCAUGCUCAGCUCGGUGUUGGAGUGGUACUGCCACAGGGCGCUAGAGGUGAUCCCAGAGAUCAUGCAGGGCAUCUAUGUGCAUCUGAGCCACAUCCAGGAGCCCCGGGCCCGCGAGGUGGCCCUGCUGCCCAUUUCCCUCCUGGCCAGCUCCUUCAUGACCGAGGUCGUUGUGGCCCUGCUCAUGUGCCCCCUCCCGCUGGACAGCAAUGGAGCAGAGAUGUGGAGGCAGCUGAUAUUACGCAAGCCCAGCUGUGACAUCCGAGACCUCCUGGAUCUGCUCCUGACCAGCCUGAAGGAGAAGCCUGUCACCAAGAAGGGCCGGGCCUCCAUUGUGCCCCUGGCGGCAGCCAGCGGCCUGUGUGAGCUCCUGUCCAUCAACAGAUGCAUGGGUCGCGUGAGGCGCAUCUACCCCCAGCUGCUCCUGGCCCUGCUCAUUCAGGUCCAUUACCACAUUGGCCUCAACCUGCCUGGCCACGUGGCCUCCUGCAAUGAAGCCAAGAAGGAUGCGCAGCCCUCCAGCUUUGUACCUGUACGCUGGGUGGUCAAAGUGGUGAAAACCCUGCUGCUGAAGAUGGGCUGCUCCUACGAGGCUACCUUUCUGGAGGACCAGGGCGGCUGGGAGCUCAUGGGGCAGGCGGAGAACCAUCACCGCGGAGUGUCCCUGCUGGCCAGGGCCAUGGUUCACUACUCCUGCCAGGAGCUGUGCCGCAUCCUCUACCUGCUCAUCCCGCUCCUGGAGCGCGGCGACGAGAAGCACAAGAUCACUGCCACCGCCUUCUUCGUGGAGCUUUUGCAGAUGGAGCAGGUGCGGCGGAUCCCUGAGGAAUACUCUCUGGGGCGGAUGGCAGAAGGCCUGAACCACCGGGACCCCAUCAUGAAGGUGCUGUCCAUCCGAGGCCUGGUCAUUCUGGCCCACAGGACUGAGAAGACCGCCAAGGUGCAGGCCCUCCUGCCCUCCAUGGUGAAGGGUCUGAAGAGUGUGGAUGGGCUGCUGGUGGUAGAGGCUGUCCACAACCUCAAGACCAUCUUCAAGGGGCAGGACCGGAAGUUGACAAACAGCUCGGUCUAUGUGGAGAUGCUGCAGAUCCUGCUGCCGCACUUCAGUGAUUCACGAGAGGAUGUGCGCUCCUCCUGCAUCAACCUGUAUGGCAAGGUGGUCCAGAAGCUGCGCUCGCCCUGCACCCCGGAGACAGAAGAGCAGCUGGUAAACACUUUGGUGCCCCUGCUGCUGACCAUGCAAGAGGGCAAUGCCAAGGUGAGCCAGAAAUGUGUGAAGACCCUGUUCCGCUGUUCUUGCUUCAUGGCUUGGGAAUUGCCAAAAAAAGCUUACAGCCGGAAGCCCUGGGACAGCCGGCAGCAGACAGUGACCAAAAUUUGCAAGUACCUUGUGAACACCCGUCGAGACAGCGCCUUCACGUUUCUCAGCCAGAGCCUGGAGUACGCCGAGAAUUCCCGGGCCUCCCUCCGGAAGUCCGCAGUCAUAUUCAUAGGGUCCUUGGUCCCCUGCAUGGAGAGCAUCAUGACGGAAGAUCGUCUGAAUGAAGUCAAAGCGGCUCUGGAAAACUUGAGACAUGACCCAGAAGCAUCAGUGUGCAUCUAUGCGGCCCAGGCCCAGGACAAUAUCCUGGCCAGCUGCUGGCGGAACUCCUGGCCACUGCCACAUGGGGACACGUGGGUGUGCGACCCGGCCACCAUGCACCGCUGGAGCCCUAGCUGUGAGAACCUGCCCACUUCCCACCAGCGGCGCUCCUGGAUCAUGAAGGCACUGGGCUCCUGGAAGAUGUCCUUGAAGCAGUGAUGUCCCCGAGCCCCCAGCCCUCCUCAGGGGUGGCCAUGGCCCUAGCCAUCCUCACUAUAAAUGCCACAUGGCUUGCCUCUCCCCA